AUGCCCUUGUCAUACAACCCUGAUGGCUCCCUUGUAGAUUCUACAUGGGCCGCUGUCUUCCUAAGUGAAAGAGAUGUGGCCGGCCAAAUCCCUAUCAACUUCGUCACGAGCUCGGCGGUAUCGAUAAGGGCGGCAUGCUUUGGCAACGGCAUCUUCGAAGACACAGCCGCCGAAAGAUGCAUAUCGAACCUGCUGGCUGUCGGGUAUCGCCGCUUCAUCGUGGACGUAUAUUGGUCCGUGACAUCCAAAACAUGGACCUUCUGUCCCGUGCGCAUCCCGGCGAACGCGGCUGUUGAGACCGUCACGUCGGCCUUGCCCUCUGCAACGCCCACGGCGACAGCCGGUGUGUCGCAGGGGAAAGUGACCGAAAUCGUCACAGACUCCGGAGCCCAUCUCGUCCAGCUGGGACCUUACCUAUGCUCGCGAAAUUUCGACCUUUCCAGCUUGGUCGACAUCUGGCAAGACUACUUCAAGAGCACCACCUCCCAGCUCAAUGUCUACACCCGCUACAUCUCAUUCAACCUCCACGUGGCCGCCGACCCAGAGACGCCGGACGAGCCCGCCUCCGAAGUCCCCAACACCGACCUCCCGGUCGGCUCGGAGCGCGUCGGCGAGCUCAUAGACGACCGCCUCCUGGCGUACAUAUACACCCCGGCGCAGCUCGCCGACGAGCGCCAGAACCUGAACGACUCCUGGUACGAAGUUGACGACGGCUACAAGCCCAUCGCGGAGUACUUCACUACCAUUGUCGCCGCGGACGGCACCCACAGCACUCCCGAUGGCUGGCCGUGUACCAAGUACGUGCAGCUCGCACGCGAGAAACGCCUCCUCCUGGAGUACGGCACCAUCGACCCGCAGCUGCAGAACUACGUCCCCGUGCCGGACGACAGCGAAGUCCUCUUCCCCCCGGGGUACCUCAGCUCCAUCGUCCCCGUCGCCUCCGCCGACAGCGGGAGCCUCGAUUCCGGCUGCUUUUACAACCCGCAGGCGACCCUGGUAUCACAGGUGAACACCUCCUGGGCCGUAUCGAGCCGCAUCCCAGUCCCAUCCCGCCUCAACCAGUCCGCCGGCCUGGCCGACCUCUCCGCGAUGGUCGUCAACCUCACCGCCUGUGGCCUGACGCCUACCCUCAACGACACCAUCUUCAACGUCACCGCCGACGCAGACGCCGCGCCCUACCGCAACAUCUCCCUGUCGUCCUCGUGGGCCUGGGACAUCGGCGAGCCCCACGACUCCUCCAUCACAGAGGACAUGGACGCGCCCAAGAGGAAUCGCUGCGCGGUCAUGGACAUGUCGCUGCAGGGCCACUGGCGCUCCGCCAACUGUAGCGAGUCGCGUCGUGCGGCGUGUCGCGUCGGCCAUCUGCCGUUCACGUGGAUGCUGUCGGACGGACUGUAUGAUUACGGCGAUGCGUACGCGAACGCAUGCCCGGAGAACUCCUCCAUGGCAGUGCCGCGCACGGGGCUCGAGAACACGUACCUCUAUCGACAUCUUCUCUCGCAGUCGGCGGAUGCCAUCGACCCGACGUCGACCGACCCCGCGCUAAGGGAGGUCUGGCUGGACUUUAAUUCUCUGGAUAUUCCGUCGUGUUGGGUCACGGGCGGCCCGGACGCGGAGUGUUCCUACGCGUCUGAUCCGCAACAGCUGGAGAAGCGCACGGUGCUGGUCGCUGCUAUCGCUGGUAUUGUGAUUUGUAUUAUUGCUGCAUUGACGCUGUUUGUCAAGUGUAAUGCGAAUCGGCGCAAUUCGCGUCGCGGCAAGCGGGUUAUCCAGGGUUGGGAGUAUGAGGGUGUCCCGUCGUAA